CUCACCUAAUGUUACACAAGAAGAAGACACGCGAUACUGACAACGUAGCAAUGUUUCUUUGCUCAACGCCUUCCUGGUGUAAGUCCUCGUGAACUCUUGCGGUCAUCGGUCUGUCCUGUGUGUGUUUGUGUGUUAUCUGAGUCCAGAGAGGGAGGACAUCGCGUUCAGGGCCAUAAACCGCUCCAGCGAGCAGCGUUUGGUCUCGAGUGGCGACGUGUACAUAAACAGUCCGCUUAAGCUGCUUUAAAUACAGCAGGCCACUGGCUUCUGUUCAUUCAUCUGAUACUUACUUUUUGGAAAGGACCGUUCAAACGUACAGUAAAACCAUGUCUAACCGGAGAAGAUCUCAGCCUCAACUUUUGUGCACCUCAACUUUGGCAGUAUUUGCAAUGCUGGCUUUGAAUGUUCAGGCCAGGCCGGCAAAUAUGUCAGCGUUAAAAGACAAACACCCCAACAGCAAAGAGGACAACGAGAUCCUUCCACCUGACCAUCUGAACGGUGUGAAGAUGGAAAUGGACGGUCACCUCAAUAAAGACUUUCAUCAGGAGGUGUUUCUGGGGAAGGAGAUGGAGGAGUUUGAGGAGGACUCCGAGCCCAGACGGAACAGGAAGAAACUUAUUGAAAUCUUUACCAAGGUGGAUAUUAAUAAAGACAGGAGUGUCAGUGCUAAAGAAAUGCAGCGCUGGAUCAUGGAGAAAACAGAAGAACAUUUUCAGGAGGCCGUUAAAGAAAACAAGCUCAGUUUUCGUGCCGUGGACCCUGAUGGGGAUGAACAUGUAACUUGGGAUGAAUACCGUGUGAAGUUUUUGGCCAGCAAAGGUUUUAAUGAAAAAGAAGUAGCUGAGAAGAUAAAAAACAAUGAAGAAUUGAAAGUGGAUGAAGAAACUCAGGAGGUUCUGGAGAGCUUGAAGGAUCGCUGGUUCCAGGCAGAUAACCCUCCAGCUGACCAGCUGCUGAAUGAAGAGGAGUUCCUCUCGUUCCUGCAUCCAGAGCACAGCAGAGGCAUGCUGAGAUACAUGGUCAAGGAGAUCGUCCGAGAUCUUGAUCAAGAUGGAGAUGGAAAAUUGACUCUUGCUGAAUUUAUCUCCCUUCCCGUGGGAACUGUGGAGAAUCAACAGGCCCAAGACAUCGAUGACGACUGGGUUCGUGAAAGGAAGAAGGAGUUUGAAGAAGUCAUUGACGCUAACCAUGAUAUGAUUGUAACCAUGGAAGAGCUGGAGGAAUACAUGGACCCUAUGAAUGAGUACAACGCCCUGAAUGAAGCCAAGCAGAUGAUUGCUGUGGCGGAUGAGAACCAAAACCACAACCUGGAACUAGAGGAGAUCCUUAAAUACAGCGAGUACUUCACUGGCAGCAAACUCAUGGACUAUGCCCGUAACGUACAUGAGGAGUUCUAAGACGGUCUCCUCAAGUCUUUAUGAAUAAGAACAGCAUGUAUAUAUCCCUAAAAUGUCACAAGGAUGAUCUUUGCUUGCUUCCCAGACUGGGAUCAACAAGUGCAUUCGGACAUGUUUGUAAAUGUACAAAACUUCAAGCCACAAAACCUUCUCUAAUGUUGCAAUGCGUAGAUAUAUAUUCCAUAUAAAUCAUUUUAGACACUGUCACUUUCAUCACGUUUUUGAAUGUGGAUAAUUAAGAGAAAUGUCUGUAAAUGAGGGAUUGGUGAGGGGAAAGACUGUUUUCCACAUGAAGGUGGAAUUCAUUUAAAAAAAAAAAAUUAUAAUAAAAAAAAAAUGGAGUAAUGUAAAUAAUGCUGGUGUUUGGAGUGCCAUAAUAUAUAAAGGCAUUCACAUUUUGGGUGGGUUGCUUUUGACAGGGUUUGAGCUUCCUGAGAUGUUAUUUCCAAAGAUAACAAGCCAGCUAAAGGAUUUAGGGUGGUAGUUUUGUGAAAACUAACAUACAGGCCUAUAUAUAGCACUUCUAUUUAAGAUCUCAUCAUUAAAUGCAAAAAUGCAGUGCAAAAGUCUAGUUUAGAUAACAUUAUUUGAGAGUUCAUAGGAUAAUUAAUCCAUCCAGAUGUGACCUAUUUGCACUGAAGCGUUUUUAUGAACCCUGUUAAGUCAUAAUUGUAUAUAGCCUGCAUAUUCUUAUUUUAUUACUUUUAAGAAUUCAGUUCACCCUGUUACCUCAGCAGUCUCCUUCAGUCAAAUGUUAGUUAAUAUAAUAGAGCAUAUUAUUCCUGACAUUGAUGUGUCUCCAUUGACAUCUGUAUUGUAAAAAGUCAUUCAAAAUGAUUUAAUUUAAACAUGAGAAAUGCUUUGAGAGGAAUUAUAUUAUUAGGAACUAUAAUUUACCCUUUUUAAAUCGCUAUGAAAAAUGGAAGGAACGAUGUGUAUUUUCUGGAUUUGAGAAAGUUUUAUUAAAAUACUCAUUUGCCUAAAGAAAUUAGGCUAAUGUUUCCUAUUGACACUGUGUAUAUAAUUGAGCUCUAGUUUUGGUGGUAAUCAUUUUUGAGCAUGCACUGGUAAUAGUUUAAGAUAUACAAUUUAUGCUUUGCUGUACGAAUUAUUCAUAACUCUGGCCUUUUGGAUUCAUUUGUUUUGUUAUUCCAUUGUGUGUUUAUUGGAUGUUAAAAUAUGAGCUGCUAAUGUGUUCACAAUUAUCUUUGUUCAUUGACUGAUUAUAUAUUACAUUCAUCCUGUGGAAAUUAAAGUAAUUGCCUAAAGUAAAAAAAA